AUGGCGAAACGUGUGAAGACCCAGGCAACAAGGGAAGCCCACGAACGGGAAGAGUUCUCAAGUGACGAAAAUGUCAGCGACGAGGAGGCCACUGGCCCAAAGGUCGCUUCUAGUGAGGUGCUCAAGGGAAGGAAGAUCCUGAAGCCAAGAUCGUUAUUGAACCGUUCUUCUGGUGCAAGUGCGCCAACACCAGCGGCAAAUCCAUUUGCUUCUGUUGGCCAGUCGGGCCCAUCUACCUUCUCGUUCACUCCAAAACGUCCUAGUCCACUAACUACUAACUCGCCCUUGAAUUCUGCUAAUGGAGCAGCCAAUGCUACCAUUGACAAAUCCAAUAAACUUAAGGCAUUGAAUAACAAGGUUGUGGAGGCCAUUCUGGCAGCGCAGAAAAAGGACGAUCUGGCAGAUUUCAGUCCAAUAUUCACUAAAUACAUUGAAUAUAUGAAGGAUCUGUUGCCCACUCCAAGUGCCAUUUCUUCAUUGGCCAAUUCAGCUUCCGCAGUGACGUCGAAACCCAAGGAAGAAAGCGCAGAGCCAGCUUCAGACGUUAUCCAGGUUGAUUCGGCCUCAGACUCCGAGUCUGAAGACGAAAUUAAGGUGGAAGGUCCAACUUUCUCUGUUGCUGCUCCUGUGAGCUUGAAAUUUGGAAACCAAGAUGAUGAUGACGACAUCGUGUUUUCAGACGAUUCCGAAGACGAUGUUAAGGUUGAAGGUCCAAAAUUCACCUUCAGCGCCGCACCCAGUUCCAAUUUUAACGGUGUGUUCAAGUUGGAUAAGAAGGCUAAUUCGGAAAAAUCGUCGUUCACUCUUGGCAAGAAAGAGGACCCAAAGAAUGAGGAAAGUGCUCCAACCCCCACAUUCACCUUCGGAAACCCAACUGGAGGAGAGCCAAACAAAGCUAGUGCUUCUUCUGAUAGCGCUGCACCUGUUUUUAGUUUUGGCAAACCUGCCGAGGCUCCAGCUUCCACCCCUGCACCGGCUUUCAGUUUUGGAAAGCCUGCCGAGACAAAUGUCGAUACAAAAGCUGGAGGUUUCAGCUUUGAUAAGCCGGCUGCUUCAUCAGACUCCAAACCAGCUCCCGCUUUCAGCUUUGCAAAGCCACAAACUACAGAAAACCCAGUCGAGACGAAGGCCGAAGCUCCAUUGUUCAGCUUUGGCAAGCCGGCUGAUGAGCAGAAACAAUCUACGGCGCCGGCGUUCAGUUUCAGUAAGUCUGAUGAGUCAAAAACCGAGCCCGCAGCUCCGGCCUUCAGUUUUGGUAAACCGGCAGAAAAGAAAGAGCCAACUUUCAGUUUUGGCAAAUCACCCGAGGAGAAAACCGAAGCAUCUGCGCCUGUUUUUUCUUUUGGAAAGCCAGCUGCUACCGAGACAUCCGCCAAACCUGCAUUGUCAUUUGGUGCCCCUGCCCAAGAGUCCAAGAGCGAAGAGACAGCCAGCCCCUUCAAGUUUCCUACUGCAGAAGCAACUAAUGGUGAUGCCAAACCUGCUGACUUCACAUGGAAGCCAUCUGGCGAAAUAAAUAUCCAGAGCGAGAAGCAGGAGCCAAAGCCGCUUUUUGGCACCAGCACCGGGUUUUCAUUCUCAAACUCUUCAGACUCUAAGCCGGUGUUUGCGUUCGGUAAUAAGGACGCCGCCUCUGCUACUACUGCAAGUGCACCAGCAUUCAACUUCAGCUUCAAAGCUCCCGAAAGUGGCUCGAACGGCUCGAAUGGCGAAGCCGCCCCUGCUGGCGAAGAGGAUGCAGCCGAGGAAAACGAUGUCAAGGGCGACUUUGGAAUUGUGAAACUCUCGGAGAAGGUUGAGGUGAGGACAGGCGAAGAAGACGAAGAUUGUACCAUAACCAAGCGUGCAAAAUUGAUGCAAUAUCAUCCUGAUAACAAGGAGUCACCCUACGAAUCAAAAGGACUGGGUGAGCUCAAGCUACUGGUGAAUAAGGCGACCAACAAAGCUAGAUUGGUGCUACGUUCGGACGGAAAUGGAAACGUCCUUCUGAACACCAAUCUUUCCCGCGACCUUAAAUACGACAAGUUUGGAAACGGGACCAUGUUGAGAUGUCCUGUGAUCUCCCCGGAGGGACUACAGACAUACAUACUGAAGAUCAAGACCGCGGCCGAUGUACAAGAGGUAAUAGCGAGCAUUGAUGCUGCUAAGUCUAAUCUUUCCUAA